AGUUACUAUCUAUUGAGAGAUUCACACAGUGUUGACAAGAGCAAGUGUGUUUGUUGUCCUAGUGACACAUGAUCUCACAGCUAGAAUGAGAGAGAGAUCAUCUCAUCCACACAUACUGUACUCAUCUUCAUGCCUGUUGCCAAGCCGGGUGCAUUUACAUUAUGAGAGAGAUUUUGGCUUCACUGGAAUUAUAAAACUGAUUUUUAGCUCCACACUCGACUGAAAUAUGCCUCACAUCACCUCACUGAAUUUACCGGAUCAAGAAUCAGCCCCUAAAAAUAAAGUACACGCUCCAUCUUCUCCUAAGGGACCCACGGAAAAAAUAUGUACUCACUCCCUUAAAAAGCUUGCUACGGUGCCCUUAGUAAGGAACGUGGUCAGGAUGGAGAGAGAGAAAGCCCAUUUGGGAUUCCCUGACUCUGUGUACUCUCAAGCUGCAGCUAUUUUCCAGAAGACUCAUGCGGAGAAAGACCUUGUGCACGGACUCAAUCGUGGAUUUGUUGUCGGUGGUGAUGCCGGCGCCAAGCAGAAUGAGCACUGGGCGUAUGAUCUGGCGUUCAACGCCCUGAAAUACCAAGACCUUCUAGAAGACAUCCUGACUGACAGCCUCUUUUACCGUUCACAGCAAAUACCAGAUGACCUUAUGGCUCUUGUGAUGGUCUUACUCUAUGACCUCCUGAACAGAAAGUUCCAACCCAGAGAACCAAUGAAAAAAGCAGAGGGGGGACUUAUAAAGGAAGUAAGGCAGGUGGAGGACAGCCUGUAUAGGUUCAAGACAAAACUGGACGCCUGUCUGGCUCACUGUAGAAUAAAGCAGAAUUUGAUAACCAUUGAUAACUUCCUGCCACAGGAUGUCAGGGGAAAACAUCGAAGAAAGCAAACACUACCUCUCUACGCCUGGAUUAACACCCUUAAAGCGAGCAUCGAAAAUGUGUGUGAGGUUUUGAAAACAGAAGGUUUCACUCGGGUGGAUUCACACGCACAGCUUUUAGGAAACGUGUUUUGUAAAGACAGACACUGCUCUAAUGUACUGCUGUUUCCCAGAAGUGUCCAAAAACGACUGGAGAAAAGCAAACUUGUAACAGAAUACACACUCAUAAUACAGGAUAAAUCUCGCAGUCUUGUAGCAUGUGCGGUUCGCCCACUGUUAGCAGAGAAGAGUGAUGUUCUGAUGGUGGGGUCCUUCUCUGCUCUUACUGUGGCCCAUGUGGCUGUCCAAGUUGCUGCCCGGUCUGGAUGUGUACGUGUAUGUGGGGUCUUUAACCCCAUACUUCAGGAGGAAAUACAAACUAUGUUGUCCUCUAUUGGCUGCACAAAUGUAAAACUGAUGCCUGAUGACUUUCAUGAGCUAAAUGAAUGGGAUUCACGCAUUCAGAAAGUUCAGGUGAUUGUUUUGCUUCCACAGUGUUCUGCAUCAGCACUGUGCAACCCUGUUGAGUUCAUCCUCAAUGAAAAUGGAGAUAGAGGGCUGCUACAUGGUUUAUCUAAAGGCAGCAUCUCUGACAGUAAGCUGCAGGAAUUGGUUGCCAAACAGACGCAUUACCUCAGCCGUGCGCUCACCUCUUCUAAGGUGAAAGCUGUUGUGUACUGCACAUGCUCGGUGUAUCCAGAGGAGAAUGAACUACUGGUGAAGAGAGCGCUGGAAAAGGCAGAAAGUAAAGCAAAAGCACUGCCCUUCAGGCUGGUUAGUGCAGGAUGGGGCGACAGGGACGAUAAAUUUUUCAAAACAGAAGCAUCUGACUCCACAAAUGGCUGCUUUCUCUGCGUGAUGAAGCGAGGGGACCCAGCAGAGGUGGAAACAGUGCAGGAUAUUUUGGCACGAGCUGCUGCUAAAGGUUUGCUGGGAGGGCUGAUGCCUCCUGACCCUCUGAAUGGAGAGAAACAGAAAAAGAGAAAAAAACAAAAAGAUUCCUCACUAGCUCCUCCCUCGUUCUCUCUGAUUAAGUCAAUCACACCGGUGAAGACCAGUUUGAGUCCGGAGUACGACAUACUUACUGCUUCUGUCAGACAAACUGAAACUAUUCAAAAUCACACUUCUCUGAAUCACAGUCCCAUAGAUCAGAUUUCAGUUAUGGAUGGCACCUUCAGCUCUACUAAACCUUCAAAUGUUCAGUACCAAGCAUCCAAUGAAAUAACUCAAUAUCCUCCUGUUCAAAAGAACCAAUCAAAACCCCAGAAGCCUCAUACUAAAGCUCCUAAGCAGUCCAGGAGAAAAAAGACGAGCAAGUCUCACACUAAUAAAGAACGUCAGAGCAGGACUCAUCAGCCAUCAAGCAAGAAACUGUUGCACCUUCGGCCAUCUCAACACACUACUGCACCGCCCAAACCCACUUCUCAAACCAAAUCGACUGCUCUCAGAACUCCAGCGUCAACAUACAGCAGAGCCGUAUCUCAGGAAUCACUGAUUUCAUUACAGGAAGUGCUUAACCCGAAACAGGAAGUUAUCGCAUCAAAGGUUGUCAAGUUGGAAAAGGAGUUCUCUCUCCCUCCUGUUUCUCAGCUCAGUCGCACACACCUCUCUUCAUCCUUUCAUCGUAUGUACUCCUCCACCUCUAAUUUCUCCACCCCUCUUUCUUCAACCAGCAGUAUCGGGAAUAGCACAGACUCCAUGGUUUCACAUUCACGAGCAUGACGCUGAGCUACAAAAUGUUCAUUAAUAUACAAAAGACACAUUUUAAUAAGAAGCCUUUAAUGUUAUGAAUGAUGAUUUAAACUCUAAAAAUGCUGGGUUGUUUCCACUGGUUCAAAUAUAGACAAACAGGAGGCAAAUGAAGGCAGCUCAGAGAAAGACUUUCGGACACACUUCAAAGGCAGCGUGUUUGAAAUAUAAACAGAGAGCGCCUUUGUGAUAACUAAUCACAUAUUUAAAAACUACAAUACCAAUUUCUCGCUAGAAAUGCAAUUAAAAGGUGUAAAAAGUGAAAAUCUACCUUCAUUUACACUAAAUUUGUGCUCCAGUCGUUUCCUUGGCCGCCAUUUUAUUUUUUUCGAACUCGACCAGGCUCGACCAAUCACAUUCUUAUUGUAAGCCCACGCAUAGGUAUCUCAGGAGACAGGAAGUAAACCUAACAUUGAAUUCGGACAUGCCUUUAUGCCUUCCUGCCUUGGAAAGCUGCCUCAGAAGGCAGCAAUUUAGAGUUUUCGGACGCAGCCCUUAUUUCAUUUCAGAAGCCGUUUCACUCGGAUAUACGUCACCACGAGGAAAAUAAGGCAAUCGCCACUUCCGUUUCAUGGCGACUUUAACCUAUGUGUCAACAAUGCUGUAACCAGGGGGUUGUGAGUGGUUAGCACAGGCAGAUGACAUAAACUAAAUAAAGCAUCAUUAAAAGAGAGAGUUUCCCCCAAACAAAAACUUUGUCAUUAAUUACUCACCAUCAUGUCAUUUUAACCCCCAGUCUUUGUUUUUUUUCAGGACCCAAAUGUGUUAACUCCACUUCACCAAACCCUGUUGUAGGACACAUAAAAUAUACAUCACAAAUCGAGUGGAGUUAUUCAUUUAACACUUUUGGGUCCUUUUGAAGCUUAAAGAGAUGGUCACCAUCCACUUUCAUGGUAAACCGUACCCACAAAAAACAUGGCAUGAGGGUUGGUAAAUAAUUACAUUACGUUUUUUUGUUUUGGGCUAAACAAUCCCUUUAAGAGCCAUCCAAAAGUAGCUUUUCUUAAAAAAUAGAUUUACGUAUUAAACAAAGUGGCUAAUUUAGAUAAAUUGAUACAAAGAAAAAAAUAAUUAUACCCCACCCUUACCCUGACACCAACCCUAAUCCCAACAUCAAAGGAUGAAAGAAAAUAGUACGAAAAUGUACGAAUUUGAACAAACGAAUUCAUACAAAAUAGCCACCUCCUAAAAUAUGUGCAAAUUACAGAAGAGAUUGUUCAGUGUUUUUCAUACAAAAAUAUUCGAAUAUUAGAAAAAAUUGUAUUGUACCCAAACCUGACCCCAACCCUAAACUCAACAUCACAGGGUGAAAGAAAAUAGUACAAAAACGCAUAAAUUUGAAAGUAUGAAUUUAUACAAAAUAGCCACCUCCUAAAACACUUGCAAAUGGCUGAAAAGAUUGUUCAUUUUUUUAUACAAAUAUCUUUGAAUAUAAGAAAAUAUAUAAAUUAUACCCCACCCUGACCCCAACCCCACCACUAUUCCACUAAAACUAUACACUAGUUUUAUAGUGUGAAAGAAAAUGGUACAAAAAUGUACAAAUUUGAAAGUACGAAUUCAUACGAAAUACGCACCUCUUAAAAUACUUGCAAAUUGCUAAAGGGAUUGUUCAGUUCAUUUUUAUACAAAUAUCUUUGAAUAUAAAAAAAUAUAUAAAUUAUACCCCACCCUGACCCCAACCCUACCGAGCCCCUAAGGUGACAUUGGAGUAAAAAAAUCUAAAGUUUAGUUUCAUGUGCUCAUGUGAAACUUUCAUAUGCUCACGGGAAACCUUCAUGUGCAGCUUUUUUUUAAAGUUUAGUUUUGUGUGCACGUGAAACUUUUUCACAGGGUGAAAGAAAAUAGUACAAACAUGUACAAAUUUAAAUUUAAAUCUCCUAAAAUACUUGCAAAUUGCUAAAGAAUUUUUCUGUUUUUUCAUACAAAAAUGUUUGAAUAUUAGAAAAAAAAUUAUACCCGACCCUAAACCCAACUUUACAGGGUGAAAGAAAAUAGUACAAAAAUUUACAAAUUUGAAAGUACGAAUUCAUACUAAAUAGCCACCUCCUAAAACACGUGCAAAUUGCUGUAGAGAUUGUUCAGUUCUUUUCAUACAAAUAUCUUCGAAUAUAAAAAAAUAUACAAAUUAUACCCCACCCUGACCCCAACCCUAAUCCCAACUUCACAGGGUGAAAGCAAAUAGUACAAAAAUGUACAAAUUUAAAGGUACGAAUUUAGAAAUAGCCACCUCCUAAAAUAUGUGCAAAUUGCUGAAGAGAUUGUUCAGUUUUUUCAUACAAAUAUCUUCGAAUAUUAGAAAAAAAUAUAAAUUU